UGCUUCGCUGGCAAUCCCUCCUUUCCUCUAUAAUUUUUCAUUUUUUAUAUUUGCUACGAAGGGUGAAUUUAACUAUUUUGCCAUUCAGCUGUAUUUAAGUUAUCAUUUAUUAUUACUACGCUAUUACCACUCUUCCCUCUCACCUCCAAUCUACCCACCUCCAUUCCAGUCCUUAAAUUAAGCUCAGAUCGAGUUCAUCAUGUUUGAUGAAGAUGAUCUAAAGUCAACUCGCUGGCGACGUCUACGCCAUUACAAGGCCCGUGUUCGUCUGUGGUGCCAUACCCUAUCUCGACGCAUGACAACUACAACUUGUGUGUUUCUAGGCGUUUUAUGCGUCUUGCUUCUCGUGACGAUAUUCACUCCAAAAUUGGAAGUCGACUUACUAUCACAAACCGCCUCCAUACCCCACAGUAACAAACUUACUGCUUCUUUUCUCAAUGAUAUGAAAGAAAACAAGAGAUACAGACGGCUCUCGGACGGUUACCCAAAAUGGAUGGAUAACGUCCCCACAGUGAUAGUUUCACAUUCGCAUGGGUUACAACAGCACACGGAAAGCGGCAUGGAUGUCCACCAGAUAGACUCACUCAUCCAAUCGAAAGCUAACCCAGACUGGCAAACAUCCUCUGUCACCGCCAUAAUUAAUUUAUUACAGUCCGACCACCUACAACGUCAACUAGAUGCCGUGCUUGCACAGACUUUCCCCCCAAAUAUUAUUUGGGUAGUGUGCUCAACGGAAAAGCAGACGUUGGCGGAAUCUAUUCUGUCAAAACAUCGCCGGCGUAAUCACGGCGUAAAGAUGAAAGUCGUGGUGGUGGAAAACGGGAAAAAUAUUGACCAGAGGAUCGCCUAUGGAUCCAGUUGGCUGCAAGUCGCACAACUAGCGCCAUCGGACUAUAUUUGGAUCAUCGAUAAUGGUGCUUCGCCAGGAACGAAUUAUCUCCAACAUUUACUGCAGUUGACGCACACCGACGAGUACCACUUGGCGCUGCUUGGAACUUCUGGAAUCAUUUUGCCCGCCAGAUCGGCUGAUAGAACAUCCAGUUCUGGAUUGUUGUGUAUUGACAAUCCCAUGAAGUCUAGAUCAGUAGAUAUGAUCAACGACGUGUGGCUUCUAAAAACACCUUGGUUAGCCCAAAUAGCUAGAGAGUCAAGACAGGAUGCCUUGGCUGCUCCUCUGGGUCAUUACAUCAGUCAAGCUCUCAACAAAUACGCUGCUAUUCCUUCCAUCGUCAUUCCACAUGAUGAAAGCAACCAUUCAUUAUUAGCCGACACAACUAUUGCCAAACGCUCUCUCAACACAUGCCAAUAUAUUAAGGAGCAACUUAGCCACAACACUAUCUGGAGGAAUUUUUUGGAAUAUCGAACAUCUUUAUCCGUCUCUGACUAUAAACAAGCUGCUGAUCUGGCCAACACUCCCGACACCGACGGCUCUGUUCUCUUUGUCGUUGAUGGUCCAAGACAAGCUCGUGCCCUUCGUCCAUUGUUUUGUCGAUUCCACGUUCUCGGCCGUAUCAGGGCCCAUGUUGUGGUGACGGGCGAAAGUCGUGGUAUGACGGCAGGACAACUACGUGGUAUGCUGGAAAAAUAUAUUGCGCCGUGUGUGGACAUCAAUAUCUUGGACCUUGAUGUUGAUUACGGCGAACUUCGAGGAUUACCCGCCGGGGACUCUGCUCCGUUGGCCAGCCAAGUUGCUCACGAUCUCUCUCGACUUCUAUCGGCUUUGCGUCCACAAUUGGUUGUCAGUAUUCAGCAACCCAGCAACCCUGUGUUCCAGGGGUCAUCUGUGGCUUCUAGUGUUUCUGGUGUCACCACCAUCACAUUGCCGCUUCCUGAUGUAAGACACACUCUGUGGAUGGCAGAUCUACCAAUGGUGGCGCUUCAAAAUUGGCAUACCAUUAAUGUCAACCUCAUCAUCAUCACCGAUAGACGACCGCAUUCACUAUCUCGUUUGGUUCGAUCUGCAACGAAUGCUCAUUAUCUCGGUGACAAAGUAUCCCUUUCCAUCAAUAUGGAACAGACAGCGGACAAGGUUACUCGCCUCAUCGUUGCCAACGCACCUUGGCCGCAUGGCCCUAAGAACGUUCGUCAUCGUAUUCGAAAAGGUGGACUCAUGCCGGCGAUCGUGGAAUCUUGGUAUCCCACGAAUAAUGAUGAUUAUGCUAUUUUCCUUGAGGAUGAUGUCGAGGUAUCGCCUUACUUUUACUUAUGGGUCAAAUACUCAAUUUUACGCUACCGGUAUGGAAGCUUAUCCGAUCGUUCGGAUUUGCUCUUUGGUGUCAGCCUGUAUUCGCCACGUAACACAGAAAUGGGUAUGGAAGGUCGACGAUUGUUUCACCCCGACUGGGUAUUGAACGCAACCUCAGUAGACCCACGCACUCCUUUCCUUCUACAAGUACCCUGCAGUUGGGGAGCCGUAUAUUUCCCAGAGCAUUGGCGCGAAUUCCAUGACUAUGUUACAGCACGUUUAGUGGACCUUGAAGACGGCGCCAAGUUGAAUAUUAGCGUACCUGAAUCCAGAUCCAAUCGAUGGAAGAACUCGUGGAAGCGAUAUUUUAUUGAGAUGAUCUAUCUCAGAGGUUAUACCAUGCUUUAUCCCAAUUUUGAGAACUUCACAAGCUUUUCAACAAAUCACUUGGAAUUUGGUACCCACGUCAAACACGAGCGCAAAGCGAUAGAGCAAUUCUUAGUGCCUCUCAUGGAAACCGAUUCAAUCCUUCAAGAGCUCCCUCGACAUCGUCUCCCAGAAUGGAAUGACUUGCCGGUUUUGGAUCUAUGGGCAAAAUUGUCUAGCAAUGAGCAGUUGAUUGACCGAGGAAAAAAACUACAUUCCAUUGUUUCUUCAUGUCCGCGCCGAGAUGAUAGAGCCAACACCUUUGAUCCACAAGAUAUACUAUGCCCUUGGCCUCAGCCAGAUCCGACGCCAGAGGAAGAAUUGGAGCUUCAGUCACCAACACAAGCACAGCUGAAUGCAACAGCAUCACAACAUAUACUGAAUGUGACUGACAUUACCAAUGUAGCGGUUCCAACAACACAACCAACACCCGACAUUGUAUACGUUACAGUCUAUGUGACUGAAAUGCCAUCAUCUACACUUCCAGGAAUUCCAGCACCUACUGAUCCAGUAGCGCCUCAAGAGGCUGCAGAUGUUGGUGUACAUGAUAAAAUAGAACCCCUUGACAAUACUGAAAAUGCCGUGGAUAUUGAGGAAAUGGACGAUGAAAACGAGGAUAUGGAAACCUCGGAUAUGGAAGCUGAUCUCGAAAACUUGGAAAAGCUGUGGAUAGAGCAGAAGGAGAAGGCAUCUCAAGAAGACAGUGACAAAACAACAGCGCCAGUCCUGCUCUGGGAAGACGAUAGCGGCAAGGUCAGUUUCGAGCUGCCGGAUACAGACAUGGACGCGCUGGAUGAUUGGCUUCCAGAGAAUCAAGGAUGGCCAGAAGACGCUGAUGAAUUAGUAGUCGAAGGCAUCGAUGACUUUGAUGACAAAAGCGAUGAUCAAGAAGUUCCAAAACCGCUAGAUCCUCAGAAGCAAGGGUGGCCCUCACCUCAGCCCUUUCCGAACCUAGAAAAAUGAAUUGAUUUUUCAUAGCUGCCCCCAUUUUUUCAUAUCUCUCCCCGCAAUUGUUUCUGACGUACCAGCUACGAUACGAAAAUCCCACUUGUAUACCUUUUCUACAUCUUUCUUGUACAUUAAUUAUUUUAUCUACUUAAAUGACAAAUAUUGUACACAGCGCUUGUGCAAGCUAAAAUACACACUGCUUUUCACCAAACUGCUACUGGAUACAAUGUUUUUAAACAUUACAAGGUCUGACCUCUUUAUAUUGGCA